AUGCCCGUCACCGAGCUCUCCCAGCACCCCAUCGUCAACUUGGGCCCGCUGACGACCGUCUUCACGGCGCCUGCGUCCUGCACCACCCGGCCCCCAGUCCUCUACCUCGCCAUCAAAGACGGCUACCCGGACCGCGCGUCGCCCUUCGCCCCGAAGGAAUGCGACCCCUACGAGCCGCUCGGCGACUGCUUCCCGUCCGGUGCCGCCCUUGACGACGCACAUGCAUCCGCCUCCUCGCUCGGGUUCCCCAGCGCCGGAACCAUCAACUACUUCUCCCCGGCGAGCGCCUGCCCGGACUCCUACACCACGGCCGGCGUCGCCGCCAAGAACGACCGUGGCGAGAUCACCAGCUCCGCCGGCGUCUUCGAGCCGCCCGUCGUCGACAUCCCCGCCGGCUCCGGUUCCGAGGGCACGCCUCUGGACGGCAUUAUCGGGGGCAACCCCAUUUUCAACGUCCUUGCCGAAGCGCUUGAAGACGGCGAGACUGCCGUCAUCUGCUGUCCCGAGGACUACACAGUUGGCGUCGCUGGCGGCUGCUUCUCCGAGGUGCCGGGCUCGGUCUACGGCGAGACGACAGCCUGCCGCGUCGCCGCCUACUCCGAGGACAACUGGAUCUGGGCCAACGCCACCAUCACGUACAACGACACCGUCGUCACCGGGUCCAUCAUAUCGUACACGGCGACCAGCAACGUCCUGAGCACCACGACGGCGACGGUGCCGCCGUUCUCCGCCGACGAAAACAUCUUCCAGCCCGUCGCCUCCCGGCCGGCCGUCACCUUGAUCUUCAACGCCGCCGAGGCGACCACCACAGGAGACGACGCCAGCGGCAGCGGCACAGCCGCGCCGACGGAGACUGGGACGAGCGCGGCUUCCGGGUGGAGGCUGGGCACUUCUGGUGGCGGUGUCGGUGUUUUGGCGACGGCGUGGGCGGUUGCGGCCCUUGCCGGGGUUGCGCUUGCGGCGCCCUUCUGA